AUCACGACUACUUGUUGUCACCCACACUACAGCAAGCAGGCAGCACGAUGCCCGGUCUUACCACUGCUCAGGUUAACGAGCUCUCUGCGACGAAUGUCGUCAUCCACCCCCUCGUCCUCCUCUCGGUCGUCGACCACGCCUCGCGCGUCCAGCUGAGCAGCAAGAAGCGCGUUCUCGGCGUGCUGCUGGGCCAGGAUGACGGCACGACCAUCAAUGUUGCCAACUCCUUCGCCGUCCCCUUCGAGGAGGACGAGAAGGACCCAAAAACCUUCUUCCUUGACCUCGACUACGUCGAGGAGAUGUGGCGCAUGUUCCGCAAGGUCAACGCCAAGGAGCGCCCAAUAGGCUUCUACCACACUGGCCCGCGCCUGCGCUCGUCGGACCUCGAGAUCACCGAGCUGUUCAAGCGCUUCUGCCCCCGGCCAGUCAUGGUGAUUGUCGACGUGCGCGCGCACGGCGGCCGCGGCGACACGGGUAUCCCUACCGACGCGUACUUUGCCGUAGAGGAGAUCCGGGACGACGGCACGGCGACGCAGCGGACGUUCACGCACGUUCCGACGACGAUUGAGGCCGAGGAGGCUGAGGAGAUUGGUGUCGAGCACCUCUUGCGCGACAUCUCGUCCACCAACGCCGCGGCAUCGAGCUCGCUCCUCACCACCCAGUCGCUGUCGAACCGCGUGUCGUCGCAGCUCGAGUCCCUACGCGGUCUGCACGCGCGUCUCGUUGAGAUCUCAGAGUACCUCAACGACGUGCGCAAGAACAAGUUGCCCGUCAACCACCAGAUCGUGUACCAGGUUCAGGAGAUUGUCGGUCUGCUGCCCCAGCUUGCAGGCGACGUCGAGCUCGGCAAGGCCUUCCGCGUGCAGGUCAACGACCAGAACGUACUCGUGUACCUUGGUCUUAUCAUCCGCACCGUGCUGGCUCUCCACAACCUGAUCGACAACCGUAUCGCCAAUGUCCAGCAGGAGAUUGACGACUCCAAGUCGCCAGAGCAGAAGAAGGCCGAGGCGGCUGCCGAGGCUGCUGGCAUCAAGGCCGAGGAUGUCAAGCGCGCCGAGAAGGAGAAUGCCGAGGAGAAGAAGAAGUAGAGAGUGCCCUGCCGCCAUACAAGGGGGGCUCAUGUACACUAUGCACGACAUGUUCCUUU